AUGGACAAGGAUAAUGCCCUCCCUCCAUCAUCACCUCACUCUCCCAUCCAUCCAUCCAUCCAUCCAUCCAUCCAUCCAUCACGUGAAAAGAUUCUUCAAGAGGGCCCCGACCGGCUUUUCCCGCUCGGUUCUCUCCAUGUAUGCAUGUAUGUAUGUCUCGAGGUGCGUCUCCUCUCAACCGAAUAUCUCCUCGUCCCAGAGCUGCAGGCGCAUCCAGACGAGAUCGCCAUGUCGUCUUCAGGCUAUCGUAUUGGGGACCAUGGAAAUGUCGCGCAGCGUGCAUAUCGUCGCUCCGUGGAGUUUUGGCCGAGACUGCCAAUACGUUUCUGCAUGUGCAUCGCGCGCGAGGGCGUCGAUCUGGCACGGGAACCAAAUUCACUUCGUGCAUCUCUGCCCUCUCAGAUCAUCGUAUCUGAAGCCGUUCAGGAUGUCGUAGCAUUUGUGGACCAAGGACCGAUGGAGCGUAUCGACAGUGACAUACCAUCGGUUCCGAGCGGUAUGCAGAUUCGAAAGUGGCGAGCCAUCGCCCAGACAUGCCAGAGCGUGGCUAGCUAUCUCCACGGGACAGAUCUUUCGGUGUGCGCCAAUGGCUCUGGUUUGCGAGUGAGAACCACAGUGAGCUCGAGUAUCAGACGGGCUGCCCAACCUCCCCUUUCGCACGCAAUGCAAUCAAAGCAUCCGAUCUGA